AUGCGCUCCUCCAAGAGCGACGACAUAUCCCUGAACAUGAGUCCAGCCGACGAUGCUGAGAGCCGUGACUUGCUGCUGGCAUCGUCGGAAACAUUUUCGCAGAUGGCGGAUGUCGCUCGACUCAGUGAUUCCGACGAAGAAAACAAGGUGUUCUACAGUCAUCUGUCUUUCAAUUGUAUUAGAAUGCAGGACUGUUUGAAAACUGACGCCCACAUUGACGGCCAGCUGAUCCAUCUCACACUUGGGCAUCUCAACUUGUUGGUUCCCGAUGAGAGUCUCAAUGAAGUACUACCCUACAUCGCCACUAGGGACUCUCGACUUAGGACAAUCAACUUCCGUUGGGAAAUAUGGAGGAACUUGGGCGGUGGUGAAAAGGCUCACUUCAUCAGCCGGUGGUUGCGCUUGAAGGGGUCGAAGCAAGAACAGGAUGCAUUUGAUCGCACCUUGGAAGGUCUUGUGGACCAAAUUAGCAAAAGUCAGCCACGGUGGAAGGACAUUGGAGCCAAAUCUCUUAUCUCCAAAGUUGAAGAACCACCAUUUACUGUGUGGAAAACAGCGCAGUCGAUUUUCGACGCAUUACUGAACUGCACAAAGUGCAACUGUUCUUGUCCCCAUAGCUUCGGGGCGAAACUCGAACUGGGCACAUACCAAAAGCCAUUGAAGCCUACAAGGGCCCGGUUACCAAAACGUCGGCGCAAAGAUGAGACAGCCGGAAGUCUGGGCUUUGAUAUGUUUCUCUCCAGGGAGAGAAUAUGGCACGAAGUUCGGGUUCAUGCUAUGAGGGAGACUCGACUUGGUUUCAACCUUCCCGAUGGUGUACCCUUGCCUCAUACGGACAAUGAUACUGCGAGCAUACACGAAAGGAUUAAGACUCUUUGCGCACAGGUUAUGACAACGAAUCCUAAUCCGUUACAACGUCUUGAUUUAAAGCUUGCGGGUAAUCAGUUAUUUGAAAUGGGAUUUGAGAAGACGGACUUCUGCAUCGACAAGACUGCUGAAGCUGUUUCUCUUGCUCACUGUAUCGAAGAGUGGCCCAGCUGCUUCACUGAGAAAACCAAACGAGUCUUGUCGCUUAUUAUUGGAUAUACUGUCCUCCACCUGGACAACACUUCGUGGCUCCAACCAGGGUGGGGGUCAGGAAAUAUCAAGCUCUUUCAAACAGCGUCACAUGAAGUUCCAUUAAGACCGUUCAUCGAGACACAACUUAAUGAAGAGAAGGGUUCUCAUAACAACGAAUUGGACGAAGAAGAUUUGUUCUACCAUCCCUGCCCCGCAUUGUUGUCGCUAGCUGUGGUCCUACUCGAAGUCUACUUCGUCAAGCCAUUCAAAAAGUUGGCCGAGAUCUACAAGGUUCCCUUAAUUGAAGAUCCCAGGGGCCGCAUUGCCUCUAUUGAUGCCUAUCAAGUAUGCUACGGAGACGAAGAGGAAGGAAAAGAAGGUUGCAUGAGCCAGAUUCCCCAAGAUUCAGAGCAUCUUCUUGAUGCCAUUAAUAAUUGCAUGGACAGUAGUCUAUGGGAAGACGAUGAAGGGAAGCCUUUGGACCCCCAACUACUCAGAUCACAAAUAUACCAGAAGGUAGUUCGACAACUGGAGCUUCAUCUAUCCCGCGGGUUCAGCCAAAUACCGCUUGACGGCAUCGAUCAAUACGCCAGAGCGAUAGACUUUGCACAAUGGGGCAAGGUUAUAAGCAGCAGAGAGCAAGAUAGCCACGCCGGUCUAUUGUUGUCGGAUCUGCUCACGCCAGUAGGAACAACCCCUCCCCCAAGCAUCACAAUUGCUCAGACCCCGGCCUAUCAACACGGCGUCCAUCUGAACGGAUCAGCAUACUGGAUGCAGCCUCAUGAAUGGCCCUUAGCCGCAACAUCUGCACCGGUUUUAAUGCGUAAGGCAAACUUCGAUGUCAAACCAGGUAGCUUCUUUGACAGUGAGUAUGGUGAUCAUAACGAAACCGCCAAGUAUGAGAGAUGGAAAGCUGAAUACAAGGAUGUCUACCGGAAGUUCAUCGAGGAACACCUUUCUUAUUCUCCAUCGAACACUGCUGUCAGAAUUGCUAUCUUGGACACAGGCAUUGAACGUGACCAUCCCUUAAUUGAGGCGCACAACGACUUGAAAGGGAGACGCAAUUUCUACGAUGAAUCCCGGAAAGCCGUACCAGACGAGAAUGGACACGGAACGUUUACAGCAAGUCUGAUACUUGACUAUGCCCCAGAUGCAGAACUUUACGUCAUAAAAAUUGCAGGCAAAGAGAACAUGAGACCUGACGCACAGGUCGUGGUGAAUGCCAUCAAUCACGCGGUAGAUGUAUGGGAUGUGGACAUAAUCUCAAUGUCAUUUGGAUGGCCAUCAUCAGAUUUCCCAGGGCAAGAAAAGCUUCAAGCAGCGAUUGAUAAAGCAUACAGCAAGCAAAUCCUGAUGUUUGCUGCAGCCUCUAACGGCGGUGCGAAUCUACCUCGGGCAUACCCGGCAAGCAGUUCUCAAGUCAUAUGUGUGCAUUCAACCGAUCCGUGGGGAAACAGGUCGCGUUUCAGUCCGACAGCUCAGAAAAACAACAUUAAUAUUGCGACAGUAGGCCAGUCUGUUCAAGCAGCUUGGCCUACGCAUCUUUGUGAGGAUUCACCUGGCCAAGACUACUUGGUUUCUCGGUCUGGUACCUCAUACGCGACUCCCAUCCUGGCAGGCAUUGCCGCAUUCCUUUUGCAAUAUGCACGCUUGCAUGUACCGGAUAUAGCGGCGGCCCUUAAAAGGAAGGAGAACAUGGAAGCUUUGUUAAUGAGGUGUGCUGAGCGUGGGCCGAACUAUGACCCGAGGGACGGAUUCUUUUAUGUUCAGCUGAGUUUGUUUAGGCAUAACAUGUUUGGCGAGGAGUUGGAACAGAUCAAUCGUGAGUUUCGGAACGCAUUGAUCAGAUAG